AUGGUCCUUGGUGACGUUGCCAAACUUACACCUAUCCCUGGGCUACAUGAAGCUGCGAAGACCUUGUUGUCGGUGUGGGAGGCUGUGGAUGCAGUCGAGACUAACCGCCUCCAAUGUCUCCGUCUUACCGAGCGCUGUGCAAUGGCGAUUUACUCCGUACGCGCUGAGAUCGCGAAUGCUGAGAAUGAGUUGGAGUCUCAGCAAGGUGGGCAUGGAGAUGGUGGUAUUGUGGGGUUAGCACAGGAGGUGCAAGGUCCCGUCCAGAAGCUGAACGACUGCAUUGGGAUGGUGUACGACUUUCUCGUAAAGCUCAAUCGACGUCCGUUCAUCAAGCGGUUCCUGCGUAGCGACGAGAUCCAGCAGGAAAUUCAAGCAUGUGACAAGGCGCUUGGGGAUGCGUUGCAGAUGUUUAACAUCUCAAUCACAAUCCGAAUCCUCAAAGAAUGCAAAGGCUUUGCGAGGGAGAGGCGUUUUGAUGCUGGGUACCAUGUGCAAGGGCCCACACCUCCUCCUCUCUAUGUAUCUCCUCCGACACAGACCCUGCCCAUUCCCCUAGACCACACCCCAAGGGUCGGGACACAAGCACUUCCAGAAGUGCAUGAUAUUCUCCCAGCGGCGUCUGGGCUGAGCAGGAGUCCUCCAGCACAGAAUCAAUUGUUGUCCCCACUCCAAUCCCUGCAAUCCCAGACUGACAACACCAUCCCCUCCGAUGCCAAUGACUCACCCAUCUCCCCUCUCAUCGAGCUUCAACACCUUCACAAAACCCAAGAUGCCUCCGAUAUAGAACAUGACCGUGCACUAUUCCAUGCCACGCUCCAAUCUGUCAUCAGUGCUCACAGUGAUGCUGAGGUGCUAGAAGUAUUGGAAGUACGCCCCGAAGAGGUGCCAGAGGCACUAAAGGCGCUGCGGAGGGCUGAAGAAGCGCUGAGGAAGGCAAGGGAAGCUAACGAAGGGCAAGGAGGGAAUGUGAUCGAAGAGGGUUUGAAGAGAGUGUUGAUGGAAACUGGGAUUGAGGCUAUGACGAGGUUGAGCAGUGUUGCUGUACAGAAGGCCGAGGAUCAAGAUGUGGAUGUUCCCUGGGAUCUACCUCCUUGGACUAUUACCCGCUACGAAGCUGACCGCCUCGUCAUGAUUGGCAGCGGCUCCUUCUCCAAAGUCUACCGCGGUAGCUGGUCUGGGCGGCGUGUUGCCAUAAAGGUCCUCUCUUCCUACACCCCUGCGUCGCUCUUCAGGAAAGAGGUCGAUAUUUGGAGGAAGCUGAAGCACGAGAAUGUGUUGAGAAUGUGGGGUGCGAGCAGUGCUCAAGGCGAGCGGCCGUGGUUUAUCGUGAGCGAGUUCUGUGGGGGUGGGAGCUUGGUGGGAUGGUUGAGGGAGAGGAAGGGGAGAGUUGGUGAAUCAACCGCUGGGGGUGCAUUGACUCCUCCGAAUGCAGGUACUAAGGGAGACAUAGACCUUCUCCGAUGCAUGCAUCACAUUUCGAAGGGGAUGGUGUACUUGCAUGGGGAGAAUGUGUUGCAUGGAGACCUGAAGGCUUCGAAUGUAUUGGUUGAUGAUAAUGGGCGAUACGGGACGCUGCGCUGGCAAGCACCAGAACUACUCAGUGGAGCCCCGAAACUGACGACAGCUACGGACGUAUAUGCGUUCUCUAUCUGCUGCAUCGAGAUUCUUGGCAUGGGUGACCUUCCGUAUGGACAUCGCGACGAUACGCUUGUUGCAUCCCUUGUCCUUGACAAAGACAAGCGUGCCGAGAUUCCCACCACCCUCAUAACUCAACUUGUUGAACAUCUCAUCCAAGAAUGCUGGGUUCGGGACCCCGAGCAACGUCCUCUGUUUCCGUACGUUGCUGCGACGCUCAAGCGUCUCCGUAAGCAACAGGGAGGGGUGGUGGAGUCCCCUGUCCCAGUGCAGGCCGAGCUACUUAUGGAGGAUUGGUCGCAGCCGCCCCACCGCUCACCAAUCGUGCAUCCUCUUGCGCUACCAGAGACGUCUUCGUCUACCCUGCAGGAAGGUCAAGCCAUGCCGGGCACGGACUCGCCUGUGAGUUUGGGAGACGAGUUUGGUACUGCGUCUGAGGGUACGGGCGAGCUUGAUUGUGGUGAUACGGGGUCGUUGUCAGCGACAUCGUGUGGAUCGCAGCCGAGACCUUUCCGCCCAAUCGGACGGCCAUCCACCAAUCCAUUGCAUCGUUGGGAACCUGUCGUGGACCCUCUUACGGGAAAUGUGAAGAUGCCUGAAGGCAGGUAUUCAGGGACUGUUAUCUAUACGCCGUCUCGUCAGCUAUCUUUGGCGGAGAGCGUUUCCACAAGUAGUGUUUCGUCGCAUCUCACAUCAAGUCCAGAAGCUGAACACACCGCAUUGGAGGGGGUUCGGCAUCAUCAUUCGCACCGUGUUGCCUUAGGAUACGAAUUGCCUAUGCCAAUGGACGAGCAUCUGGAAGAGAGGCGAAACGAGUUGCGGUUCAGGACCUUAGCUCAGUCAAACCAUGGGUUCCAUCAUUCCCUUACCUUACCCCUUUGGUCACCUUCUCAUGUCGAGCUGGGUGCGGUGGGAUAUCUUUCUGCGCCAAAAGGGGAGUUUAUCACACUGUUUAACGCCAUGACACCCCAAUCAACGACGGGAAGCAAAGUCAAGAAUAUUCCUUCGCUGGCCGGGUACCUUGAGGGACCUAUUCGAACUGGGCAGAAAUUCAACUCAAUCCGCACAAUGACGCAGAGGGGACUUGAACUAAUUUCUGGGUUGUUGACCUUCCCGCUGGUAGGUCACAACGGGGAAUAUUCGGAACGCAUUUUGAGGCGUCAUCCGUUCCCCCUUCGUGCGGGCCAUAAGGCGGCAUUCAUCUAUGCAGAUGCCACGAUGUAUCAAUUCAUAGAAGACCUGGCAGCACCGAGGGAGUGGUUCAAGGCUAAUGUGAACGCCAUUGUCAAGGAGUAUGCUCCUCGUCAUCCCAUCCAGAGAGAAGACCUUAUCCUAGUUUUCGGUACUUUGUCUGCGCCAGAGUAUGCGCUGUUCGUGAGCCACUCUCAUCCGAAUGGCCAAGCCAAUUUCAACGUCUUUUCGGAUCGCGAGAUUGGUCGGCCGUGGGGCACCUUCACCACAAAUACCGAGUACCCUUCCGAUGAGGGAGGCCCUUCAUACAUCGAAGAGACAGUACCCCAAAAGGCAGUGUUCGCGAGCAAAGUAUCGCCAGUGCGAAUGAAUCCUAAAUCUAAUGACAAUGAUUGGGACACGUUGAUAUUGGCCAGGCUCCGCUUCCCCACAGAUGCAAUGGAGCCUACUUCACAAUGA